GAUGACGAAUGAUCAUGUUAAACCAGUUCAUAAAGCCAGUAAAAAACAGACACGAUGCUCCUCCCGCCGUGAAAAUACGUUCACCGCGAGUGGCCCGGUCAGGACUUCGUCGUCGCAGAUGGAAGAACGAAAGAACAAGAAAAGCGGAAAAAGAAAAAUAAUAAGAAGGAGAGGAAGGAGGAGGAAAAACAAAUGGGGUUCUUCUUGCUAAGGUCAGCGACCACCAUCAAAGCAGCCGUCGCGGCUUCUGCUGUCCCUGCGGCUUUCGCCCUGUCUUCCCAUCGUCGCUCUCCCUCUUCUAGUUCUUCCACCUGUUCUUGCUGUAUCCGCUUCCCCAAGUUUCAGAAUCCGGGCUUCUUGUCUCUCUCCCAUUCUUCGAGCCACUUGGGCUCUCCGGCGACUGUCAGAGGCCUCGAUCCCGCUCCCUCGGCUCUUCACAUGGACGUGCCCACCUCCGAUAUCAAACCCACCUCCCAGAAUGGUGCUGUCCUGCCGGAGCUACUUACUGAGUUUAUGGUUGAUAUGAAGUGUGAAGGCUGUGUUAAUGCUGUGAAGAACAAGUUGCAGACUGUCGAGGGAGUGAAGAACAUCGAGGUGGACUUGAGCAAUCAAGUGGUUAGGGUUUUGGGUAAUUCACCUGUCAAGACUUUGACUGAAGCAUUGGAGCAGACAGGUCGUAAAGCCCGCUUGAUAGGCCAAGGUGUACCAGAAGAUUUUCUAAUAUCUGCCGCUGUAGCGGAAUUCAAAGGUCCAGAUGUUUUUGGAGUAGUUCGCUUAGCUCAAGUGAGCAUGGAAUUGGCUAGGAUUGAAGCCAAUUUUAGUGGGUUGUCUCCCGGGAAACAUGGUUGGUCUAUCAACGAAUAUGGUGAUUUGACCCAAGGGGCAGCAAGCACUGGGAAGAUUUUCAAUCCGACUGCCGAAGCAACUGCAGAUCAGCCCCUUGGCGACCUGGGAACACUAGAUGCUGAUGAGAAGGGUGAGGCUUUCUUCUCCGGUGUCAAGGCAAAGCUACGAGUUGCUGAUCUCAUCGGACGCUCUGUAGCAGUCUAUGAAAGUGAAGAUAAAUCGGACACAGGCACUGCAGCUGCUGUAAUUGCGAGAAGCGCCGGUGUGGGAGAGAACUACAAGAAGCUCUGUUCAUGCGACGGGACCACCAUAUGGGAGUUGAGUAAUAGUGAUUUCGUCAACAGCAAAUUCUAAAUUCAUAUGAGAUCUCAGAAGUCAUAAAAUAUUAUUAGAGAGGCAUGUAUCGACACGAGGGUUCAAUUUGUUACUAUUGAUAAGAAAUGAACAGACAAGUUACUUAGCC